GCUCUGAGCAUCGAGACCGAACCUGGAGCAGUUGGCCUAGGGGGAGGGGCGGAGGCUGGCGCCUUGAACCCAUCGGGAGCCCCCAGCCUCUCCAAGAAUACGUGUCCUGACUCGGGCCCCACGCUCUGCUGGCGCGCAGGACCUGGCUUGGCUAGAGGGCACCCCUGACCUUGAUCUCUCCCUGGUUCCAGAUCUGCGCGAAGACCAUGGGCGCCGCGCUGGUCACUAGGCCGCGGCUGGCCUCCCUGCCACGCAUGGCCUGCGGCACCCUCCGGCGCCAGGCACCUUUCGUUCCGGCCCAGGGCUGCCACUCCAAGUCAGGCCCGCCUCGCUCCGUGCCCCUGAAGAAGCGAGGAUACGAUGUCACCAGGAACCCUCAUCUCAACAAGGGCAUGGCCUUUACACUUGAAGAAAGACUGCAGCUUGGCAUCCACGGCCUGAUCCCUCCCUGCUUCCUCAGCCAGGAUGUCCAGCUCCUCCGCAUCAUGAGAUACUAUGAGAAACAACCAAGCGACCUGGACAAGUACAUCAUUCUCAUGACUCUCCAAGACCGAAAUGAGAAGCUCUUCUACCGGGUGCUGACCUCAGAUGUGGAGAAGUUCAUGCCCAUUGUAUACACACCCACAGUGGGCCUGGCCUGUCAGCAAUACGGUCUGACCUUCCGACGACCUCGGUGAGUACCUACUAAAGGGGCC